UACCUCCUCCACCUCCUCCUCCUCUGCUCCCUGCGCUCCCACUGCUGCGCUCCACCCGCUCAUUGUGCUGGUUCUCCAGGCAGGGAGGGUGUGUGUUUGAACGGAGGAUGGGCGGAUUCCUGAAUGAAGGGAAGGUGUGAUCUCUGAAGACGUUGACGGAUGGAUGGAGAGAAAACAGAAGCGUGAUGCUGCCACCGCCGUCGCCGCGGAGCUUCUGCUGAACCAGCGAUUUCUGCCUCCACACUGGUGAAACAUAGAAAGAGAGAGAGGGACUCUGUGCUUCGGCUCCUGUGUCGCUCGCCCUUUGUGGCUCAGUCCUGCUGUCCUGGAAGUGUCUCUGUUGAGGCUGCAGCUGGAUCUGGGAUUACUCCUCUUCAACAUCAGAAGCUGUCGUGUGUUUGAAUCUCAGGUUAAAAUCAUUCGAUCGUUCUUAAAGCUCGUUAAAGCUCAUUUAUUCGUCUGGAAACUGGUUUUGUCAAGUUUCUACCUAUUGCUGCGGAGAACUUCAUCCUGUUGGAACUCAAGUUUAUUCUGCUGGACUCAACUGAAUCCUGUUGAAACUCGAGCUUUGCUCUGAAGCUCAGACUCUGGACGGUUUCAGACCCUGAAGUUUCUCUGCCGAGUCGCUCCUCGAUGCCUCUGCAGACUCGUCUCAUCUAAAUCUUCGUCAUGGAGCUUCAGAGCGCCACCACCGGCCUCCCCGGCCCCCUUUCCCCCGGCCCUCUCUCCCCGACCAUGGACUACGCCGGCCCCCUGUCCCCGGCGUCGGGCGGCCCCGGCCCAUCUCGCAACAGCCCCGGCCGGGGUCAGAGCCCCAGCCUCAGCCCCAUCAGGGGGCCCAGCCCCAGCCCUGGGUUCUCGGGCCAGGCUGCCUUCAACUACAACCAGCUGGAGGGGAGGUUUAAACAGCUUCAAGAUGAGCGUGAGGCGGUGCAGAAGAAGACCUUCACCAAGUGGGUGAACUCGCACCUGUCCAGAGUUUCCUGUCGGAUCACCGACCUCUACAUGGACCUGAGGGACGGACGCAUGCUCAUCAAACUGCUGGAGGUCCUGUCAGGAGAGAGACUGCCCAAACCCACCAAGGGUCGGAUGCGGAUCCACUGUCUGGAGAACGUGGACAAGGCCCUGCAGUUCCUGAAGGAGCAGAGGGUCCACCUGGAGAACAUGGGCUCCCACGACAUCGUAGACGGAAACCACCGCCUCACCCUGGGCCUCAUCUGGACCAUCAUCCUCCGCUUCCAGAUCCAGGACAUCAGCGUGGAGACGGAGGACAACAAGGAGAAGAAGUCGGCUAAAGACGCUCUGCUGCUGUGGUGUCAGAUGAAGACGGCGGGAUAUCCAAACGUCAACAUCCACAACUUCACCACCAGCUGGAGAGACGGGAUGGCCUUCAACGCUCUCAUCCACAAGCACAGACCCGACCUGAUCGACUUUGAUAAGCUGAAGAAGUCAAACGCUCACUAUAACCUGCAGAAUGCUUUUAACCUGGCUGAGCAACACCUGGGCCUCACCAAGCUGCUGGACCCCGAGGACAUCAGUGUGGACCACCCCGAUGAGAAGUCCAUCAUCACCUACGUGGUGACCUACUACCACUACUUCUCCAAGAUGAAGGCCCUGAAGGUGGAGGGGAAGAGAAUCGGCAAGGUUUUGGACAACGCCAUUGAGACGGAGAAGAUGAUCGAGAAGUACGAGUCUCUGGCCUCAGACCUGCUGGAGUGGAUCGAGCAGACCAUCAUCAUCCUCAACAACAGGAAGUUCGCCAACUCUCUGGUGGGAGUCCAGCAGCAGCUGCAGGCCUUCAACACGUACCGCACCGUGGAGAAACCGCCAAAGUUCACAGAGAAGGGAAACCUGGAGGUUCUGCUGUUCACCAUCCAGAGUAAGAUGAGAGCCAACAACCAGAAGGUUUACACUCCUCGCGAGGGAAAGCUCAUCUCCGACAUCAACAAGGCGUGGGAGCGUCUGGAGAAGGCGGAGCACGAGCGGGAGCUGGCUCUGAGGACGGAGCUGAUUCGUCAGGAGAAACUGGAGCAGCUCGCCAGACGCUUCGACCGUAAAGCCGCCAUGAGGGAGACGUGGCUGAGCGAGAACCAGAGGCUGGUCUCCCAGGAUAACUUUGGAUUUGACCUCCAGGCCGUCGAGGCUGCUACUAAGAAACAUGAAGCCAUAGAGACGGACAUCGCAGCCUACGAGGAGCGAGUUCAGGCGGUGGUUGCCGUGGCAAAGGAGCUGGAGGCGGAGAGUUACCAUGACAUCAAACGCAUCACGGCCAGGAAGGACAACGUGAUCCGGCUGUGGGAGUACCUGCUGGAGCUGCUGAAGGCCCGCAGGCACAGACUGGAGAUGAACCUGGGCCUGCAGAGAGUCUUCCAGGAGAUGCUCUACAUCAUGGACUGGAUGGACGAGAUGAAGAUGUUGCUGCUCUCUCAGGAUUAUGGGAAACACCUGCUGGGUGUGGAGGACCUGCUGCAGAAACACGCCCUGGUGGAGGCCGACAUUGGCAUCCAGGCCGACCGAGUCCGCAACGUCAACAGCAACGCGCAGAAGUUCGCCGAUGACUUAGACGGUUACAAACCCUGUGAUCCUCAGAUCAUCCGGGAUCGGGUCGCUCACAUGGACUUCUGCUACCAGGAGCUGAACCAGCUGGCGGCUGAGCGGCGAGCUCGGCUCGAGGAGUCGCGCCGCCUCUGGAAGUUCUUCUGGGAAAUGGCUGAAGAGGAGGGUUGGAUCAGGGAGAAGGAGCAGAUCCUGUCCUCCGAGGAUUAUGGGAAGGAUCUGACGGGAGCGUUGCGACUGCUGAGUCAGCACAAAGCCUUCGAAGACGAGAUGAGCGGGCGAGCUGCCCACCUGCAGCAGACCAUCAAGCAGGGCGAGGAGCUGGUGGCCAACAACCACUUUGGAGCUGACAAGAUAAAAGAACGUAUCCAGGACAUCCAGGAGCAGUGGGCGGCUCUGGAGCGUCUCUCUGCCGUCCGUAAAGCUCGUCUGCAGGAGGCCUGCAACCAGCACCAGUUCCAGGCCGACGCCGACGACAUCGACACGUGGAUGCUGGACGUGCUGCGGAUCGUCUCCAGCGUGGACGUCGGCCACGACGAGUUCUCCACUCAGGCUCUGGUGAAGAAGCACAAGGACGUGGCCGAGGAGAUCGGCAGCUACCGGCCCGUCAUCGACGCUCUGCACGAGCAGUCUCGCACGCUGCCGCCCGAGAAGACCAACUCCGAGGAGGUUCAGAGCAGGCUGGCGGGCAUCGAGGAGCGCUACAAGGAGGUGGUGGAGCUGACGCGGCUCAGGAAGCAGGCGCUGCAGGACGCUCUGGCUCUCUACAAGAUGCUGAGCGAAGCAAACGCCUGCGAGGUGUGGAUCGACGAGAAGGAGCAGUGGCUCAACAGCAUGGAGAUCCCCGAGAAACUGGAGGACCUGGAAGUGGUCCAGCACCGCUUCGAGAGUCUAGAGCCGGAGAUGAACAACCAGGCGUCCCGGGUUGCCGUGGUGAACCAGGUUGCCAGGCAACUGAUCCACAGCGGACAUCCCAGUGAGAAGGAGAUUAAAGCCCAGCAGGACAAACUCAACACCAGGUGGAGCCAGUUCAGAGAUCUGGUGGACCAGAAGAAAGACAGUCUGAACUCGGCUCUUGGCGUCCAGAACUACCACCUGGAGUGCAACGAGACCAAGUCCUGGAUCAAAGAGAAGACCAAGGUGAUCGAGUCGACCCAGGAGCUGGGGAACGACCUGGCCGGCGUCAUGGCUCUGCAGAGGAAGCUGACGGGGAUGGAGCGCGACCUGGCCGCCAUCGAGGACAAGCUCGGCGACCUGGGAAAAGAGGCGGACCGCUUGGGCUCAGAACACCCGGAGCAGUCUGAGGCCAUCAAGGGUCGUCUGGCUGAGAUCACCGGCGUCUGGGAUGAGAUGAAGAACACCAUGAAGAACCGGGAGGAGUCGCUGGGCGAGGCCAGCAAGCUGCAGCAGUUCCUGCGCGAACUGGACGACUUCCAGUCGUGGCUGUCGCGGACGCAGACGGCCAUCGCCUCCGAGGACAUGCCCAACACGCUGGCCGAGGCCGAGAAGCUGCUGGCCCAGCACGAGGGCAUCAAGAACGAGAUCCGCAACUACGAGGAGGACUACCAGAAGAUGCGGGACAUGGGCGAGAUGGUGACGCAGGGCCAGACGGACGCGCAGUACAUGUUCCUGCGGCAGCGGCUGCAGGCGCUCGACACCGGCUGGAACGAGCUGCACAAGAUGUGGGAGAACCGGCAGAACCUGCUGUCCCAGUCUCACGCUUACCAGCUGUUCCUCAGGGACACCAAGCAGGCCGAGGCCUUCCUCAACAACCAGGAGUACGUCCUGGCUCACACGGAGAUGCCCACCACUCUGGAGGGCGCGGAGGCCGCCAUCAAGAAGCAGGAGGACUUCAUGACCACCAUGGACGCCAACGAGGAGAAGAUCAGCAGCGUGGUCGACACCGGCCGCCGCCUGGUUGCCGACGGCAACAUCAACGCCGAGCGCAUCCAGGAGAAGGUGGACUCCAUUGACCAGAGGCACAAGAAGAACCGAGCAGCUGCCAGCGACCUGCUGAUGAGACUGAAGGACAACAGAGACCUGCAGAAGUUCCUGCAGGACUGCCAGGAGCUGUCCCUGUGGAUCAAUGAGAAGAUGCUGACGGCUCAGGACAUGUCGUAUGACGAGGCCAGAAACCUCCACAGCAAGUGGCUCAAACACCAGGCCUUCAUGGCCGAGCUGCAGUCCAACAAGGAGUGGCUGGACAAGAUCGACAAGGACGGGCAGGCGCUGAUGGCAGAGAAACCGGAGACGGAGGCCAUGGUCAAAGAGAAGCUGGCGUCUCUGAGGACGAUGUGGGAGGACCUGGAGUCCACCACCCAGACCAAGGCCAAGUGUCUGUUUGACGCCAACAAGGCGGAGCUGUUCACCCAGAGCUGCGCCGACCUGGACAAGUGGCUGGCCAGCCUGGAGGGACAGCUGCAGUCCGACGACUACGGCAAAGACCUGACCUCCGUCAACAUCCUGCUCAAGAAACAGCAGAUCCUGGAGAGCCAGGUGGAGGUGCGUCAGAAGGAGGUGGAGGAGCUGCGGAGCCAGUCGCAGGCCCUCAGUCAGGAGGGGAAAGGCUCUGAGGAGGUGGACGGCCAGAGGAUCAGCGUGGAGCACAAGUUCCAGUUCCUCCAGGCGCCGCUGAUGAAGAGACGAGACAACCUCAUGGCCUCCCGCGAGAUCCACCAGUUCAACAGGGACGUGGAGGACGAGAUCCUCUGGGUUGAGGAGAGGAUGGCUCUGGCCACAUCAACUGACCACGGACACAACCUACAGACUGUACAGCUGCUCAUCAAGAAGAACCAGACCCUGCAGAAGGAGAUCCAGGGCCAUCAGCCGCGCUAUGACGACAUCUUCGAGCGCAGCCAGCACGUCCUGAAGAGCGACAGCCCGACGGCCGAGCUGAUUCGCCAGCGGCUCGCCGAGCUCCAGUCGCUGUGGGAACAGAUCAGGAAGGAGACGGAAAAGCGUCACUCCCGCCUCAGCGAGGCCCACGAAGCUCAGCAGUACUACUUCGACGCCGCAGAGGCCGAGGCCUGGAUGAGCGAACAGGAGCUCUACAUGAUGUCGGAGGAGAAGGCCAAGGACGAGCAGAGCUCAGUGGCCAUGCUGAAGAAGCAUCAGAUCCUGGAGCAGGCGGUGGAGGAUUACGCCGACACCGUCCACCAGCUGUCCAGCACCAGCCGGGGCCUGGUGGCCGCCGGACACCCUGACAGCGAGCGUAUCGGCAUGCGUCAGUCUCAGGUGGACAAGCUGUACGCCGGCCUGAAGGACCUGUCGGAGGAGCGUCGGGGGAAGCUGGACGAGCGCUUCCGUCUCUUCCAGCUCAACCGGGAGGUGGACGACCUGGAGCAGUGGAUCGCUGAGAGGGAGGUGGUGGCCGGAUCCCACGAGCUGGGCCAGGACUACGAGCACGUCACCAUGCUGCAGGAGCGUUUCAGAGAAUUCGCCCGUGACACCGGGAACAUCGGCCAGGAGCGCGUGGAUGCAGUCAACCGGCAGGCGGAUGAGCUGAUCAACACCGGCCACGGCGACGCUGCCACCAUCGCAGAGUGGAAGGACGGCCUGAACGAGGCCUGGGCCGAUCUGCUGGAGCUCAUCGACACCCGGACGCAGAUCCUCGCGGCCUCCUACGAACUCCACAAGUUCUACCACGACGCCAAGGAGAUCCUCAACCGCAUCCUGGACAAACACAAGAAGCUCCCGGAGGAGCUGGGCCGCGACCAGAACACGGUGGAGACCCUGCAGAGGAUGCACACCACCUUCGAACACGACAUCCAGGCGCUGGGAACACAGGUGCGGCAGCUCCAGGAGGACGCGGUUCGCCUGCAGUCUGCGUACGCCGGAGACAAAGCUGACGACAUUCAGAAGAGAGAAGGCGAGGUCCUCGAGGCCUGGAAGAGCCUGCUGGAGGCAGCGGAGGGCCGCCGGGUGAAGCUGGUCGACACCGGAGACAAGUUCCGCUUCUUCAGCAUGGUGCGUGACCUGAUGCUGUGGAUGGAGGACGUCAUCCGCCUGAUCGAGGCCCAGGAGAAUCCCAGGGACGUGUCGUCGGUGGAGCUGCUGAUGAACAACCACCAGGGCAUCAAGGCGGAGAUCGACGCCCGCAACGACAGCUUCACCGCCUGCAUCGAGCUGGGCAAAGCCCUGCUGGCCAGGAAGCACUACGCUUCAGAGGAGAUUAAAGAAAAGUUGUUACAGUUGACGGACAAGAGGAAAGACAUGAUUGACAAGUGGGAGGACAGAUGGGAGUGGCUUAGACUGGUCCUGGAGGUGCACCAGUUCUCCCGGGACGCGGGCGUGGCCGAGGCGUGGCUGCUGGGUCAGGAGCCCUACCUGUCCAGCAGGGAGAUCGGCCAGAACGUGGACGAGGUGGAGAAGCUCAUCAAACGGCACGAGGCCUUCGAGAAGUCGGCCGCCACCUGGGAGGAACGCUUCGCCGCUCUGGAGAGGCUGACCACGAUGGAGUUAUUGGAAGUGAGAAGAGCGCAAGAGGAAGAAGAGAAGAAGAGACAACCCCCGCCCACUGAGGCUCAGCCGGGCGACGCUGCAGCUCAGCACAGGGAGGGUGAGCCGCUGUCCCAGAACGGGCUGCCGUCCGAUCAGGAGUCUCCCAGGGACAACGCCGAAGGGGGCGAGGUGGUGAACGGGGUGUCGGAGCCCAGCCCCGCGGGGUCUCCCGGGGCAGCUCGCAAGGGCAAGGCCAGCCAAGCGGCGACUCUGCCGGCCAAGACCCAGCAGGACGCUCCCACGUCCCAGCUGGAGGGCUUCCUGCACCGCAAGCACGAGUGGGAGGGCCAUAACAAGAAGGCUUCAAGCAGGUCGUGGCACAACGUGUACUGUGUGAUCAAUCAGCAGGAGAUGGGUUUCUACAAGGACCAGAAGAGCGCCAGUCAGGGGAUCCCCUACCACAGCGAGAUUCCCGUCAGCCUGAAGGACGCCGUCUGCGAGGUGGCGCUGGACUACAAGAAGAAGAAACACGUCUUCAAGCUCAAGAUUACGGACGGGAACGAGUAUCUCUUCCAAGCCAAAGAUGACGACGAGAUGAACACGUGGAUCUCGGCCAUCUCGGCCGCCAUGUCGGGCGACAAGGCGGAGGUCACCCCCAGCAGCCAUAGCACGCCCGCCCCGGCCGCACGCGCUCAGACGCUGCCGGCCUCCGUGGCCUCGGCGGCGGCCGAGUCCAGCCCGGGCAAACGAGAGAAAGACAAGGAGAAACGCUUCAGUCUGUUCAGCAAGAAGAAAUAGACGCUCCUUCCCUCCUCCUCCUCCUCCUCCUCCUCCUCCUCCCUCUGGUGCUGUUUGGGGUCACUCCUCAUUAUCGAUCCGUCUUUGGUCAAAUAUUUGUUGAAGAUGUCAAUCGACCGAAUUCUCAAUUUAGAAUCAGCUUGUAGCAACUGAUACUGUAACAACUGAUACUGUAACAGAAUAACGCUCACAGUGUGAUUCAAUGUUCUUCUAAAAGGAUUUAAAUUUAAUCUGAACUGUCAAACUGGCCGAAAUUGGCAGAUAAUUUAAAACAGAGGCGAUAAUCAACGAGGAAAAACGACCUGACGAGCAGUUUUCAUUGAAGAGUUGGACAGCUGCUACAGUAUCCGGCAGUUGCGAAGUCAAAUAAAAUCCCAAACAGCCACUUUUCCUCCCUUCUGUUCUUUCUUCCUCUUCCUCCUCUUCCUCUCAAAGCGUGACUCCAGCAUGCAAGCUCCGAGCCAAAACUCUCCACUCUGUGCCUAUCAACCGUCCGGUCCGGCUCAGAGCAGCACAGCUGCGACACACCGCCUGCAUCCUCCGUUCAGUUUUUGUAAGAUAAGGAGCAGGAGAAGCAUUAAAACCAGAUCGGCUCGAAGGAAGAGAAUUGAGACGGGGUCUGCGAACGCUUCAGGCAGCUGCUGUCAUAGAAAUAAAAACCAGAGUUUGCCGCUGAACAACAACUCGAUGUAGAGGAGCUCCCAGAAUAUUCCUCUUUAUUAUUCUUAUUGCUAUUAUUUGUGUUUUCUAUCUCCCGCCGUUUCGUUUCUCUGCUUUCCGAUCGUCCCGGCUUUUCGUCGACCGCUGCCUUCUGUGGGUUGUGUUUACGCUCCCGACUCGUCUCAGUUUUUUUUUGUUUUUUUGUUUUGUUCUUGUUUUUCGGGAAGUUGUAGGUAGUUCCUGUUAGGGUCCAUCCUCAGUUUUUGCGAGGCCUUGUCUUUGCAAGAUGACGUGUAUCCCUCUGUAGUGGGGAAAACUGAGACCACGGCGGGGUAAACCUCUGAAAUUACACCUCGCACACCUUUGAAUAUCUGAGCUACGUGUGGAAGAGCUGAAAGUGAAACCUGAAGAGCAGAAUAAUGAGAUUUGAAGUACAAGCCCCCUGAGUGCACUGUGCAUUCUGUGCAAAUCACCAUCCUGCUGUUCUGGUGCUGACUAAUUCCUGCAGCAUCACAGAAAGCAGCUGUAAUUUGGAGCUUUACCCUGCGGUGCUUUGAACUGUAUGUAUAACUUGUGUAUAACAAACUGUUAAAAUAAACCUGUGUUUAAUUUCACCUAUUAUGAUUAUUAUUACUACUAAUAAUAAGAUCUACCGACCAUAAUAAGCUUCAUUUGAGUAAUACUUUCUUUACCUGAAAACCUAACGACGUGUACACUCAACAGUCUAAAUGAAGGAGCUGCGGAGCCGCUGCCGCCCAGCUCGACGGGGGAAUAAAUAACUAAGACCAGUAAGAAUGUUUGUUAACUCAAACUUUAAAGCAUCCAGUAAGUUUUAUUUUCUACUUCUCGUUUUUGAGUCAUUUACUUCUGCCCUUAGUUACCUGGAGUCUGUUUUUGUUUCCUUCGGUCUGUAUUUUCUGUUAAACUCUGUCUGAGGUUUAUUUAGUCUGAAGUAUGGAGACGUAGAUGUACUAUAAAAACAACGUUACUUUAAGCAUUGCUGUUACGUAAGUUGGUUCUAAAAAGCAUUUACUGGAAGUGAGUUAUGUUGCAGAAUAACGGCCGCUUGCUUGUUGGCUUCAGCACACGUUCUUUGAGAUUUCUGACUUUUUUCCGACCUCACGGUGGCGCCGAGUUGCUCGCCUUCGUGGAAGUUCUUUAAUGACAAAAUCAACAGGAUGAAUUUGAGCUGUGAUCCGUCUGCGAGUUGAGAUUUGAGAGCAUGCAGAAGCAGAUUUGUUAGCAUGAUAAUAAGUUUCAGUGGCAGGGUUGUGACUUUCUUAUUGUUUCUUCCUUUGACUUUGCAUGCUGGAGUUUUGGUCAUAUGUUUAACUUGUGUGCCAAAACACUUAAUUUUGUUAUUUGGCCCUGAAGCACCUGCAAAUACCAUAAUACAUACAUUUCAAAAUGUCAAAAUGAGCUGGUUUGGGGGAUGUAGGCAGACACUGGUCGGGUUCAGCCCAAAUUUAACCCUGACUGUCGCUGCUGCUUUUCAAACAGGCCAAACUUUCACCAGAUCUGACAGUUACCUGACAAUCGAUCGUCCGUCUGUCGGACGGUUUGAUGGAUUUCAUAAUCAGGGAGAAUAAAAGGUUGUUGGACACGUUCUAUAGAUGCUCGUUUCCACAUCUCUCAGAAUCUGCCGUCAGAAAAGGUGAGUUUAGAUUUUAAAACUGAGCCACAAAUCCAGACGUUUCUCUGAAAAUCUGCCUCGCUGAAGCUUGAAUUUGUUUUUUCGCUCACGUGUAAUUUUGUCAUUAAUUAACUUCCGUACCGAGCAGGAAAAGUGGAGGCACGGCUGGAGUAAUGAGCCCCAGAGCGUGAGAGGUGGGUGCGCUUGUUUUUGCACAGCUGGUGGUGGGGUUGGGCGGGUGGGGCUCAGCACCUGAAGCUUCUCUUCACUCUGUGAUUGGUCCUGAAAUGGUUCCUGUUUUGUUUUUGUUUUUUUUCUUUUUGCUACAUUCUCUGGCAGUUUGAUAAAUAUAGUGUGCAUUCCUCUGUCACUGUAACCAUAGUAACAAGAUAUUUCUUCAUAUUGCACAAUCAACA